AAAAAAUCAGUUUGUGGCUAUUUUCUCUCUCCUCUCAUUUCUCUUCUUCUCUGUCUCUGGUCUUGAGCGAAGCGUGCAGUGAGUGGAACAACGAUGUCUAGUGUGCGGGCCUUUGAGUCGAGAAUAAUUCCAUCAACCUUCUCCACCUCUGGAGUGGGCAAAACAGUCACUUCUCAUGCUCUCGUCCACUACCCUAAGCGUCCCCUCUGCACACUCCCUCUCACAUCCACUGCUCUUGCAAAUAACGCCCCCUACGGAUGCAGGUCCAGAAGAAUCGCCUCCCUUCGUUGUUUCUCAGCGUUAACUCCUGAGCUGAAGACGACAUUGGAUAAAGUUGUUACUUCGCACAAAGUGGUUCUCUUUAUGAAGGGAACAAAGGAGUUUCCACAGUGUGGAUUUUCAAACACCGUGGUGCAAAUAUUGAACUCUCUCAAUGUACCUUUUGAAACAUUCAAUAUUCUAGAAAAUGAAUUGCUACGUCAAGGAUUGAAGGAGUAUUCCAGCUGGCCUACCUUUCCUCAACUUUACAUUGAAGGAGAGUUUUUUGGUGGCUGUGACAUCACUGUUGACGCAUACAAGAACGGGGAAUUGCAGGAAGUACUCGAGAAGGCGAUGUGUUCUUGAAUCGUUUUCAGUUCAGGACUCUUCAGCAGCACCCUUUACUUGCGUGAUCUGAUUUAGAAAACUAUCAUAAUUCAUAACUUAUCAUUCUCUGAUACGGAAAAAAAAAAAAAAAUGUACAUUGUACCAUUUUAAAUACACAGUAGUAGUGUACUGCUGAAUUUGUGAAAUGAUUGAGACUGAUGUCACCUUUUAUUA